GGCGGCGGCGGCGGCGGCUCCUCCGGCUCCGGAUCCGGAUCCGGGGCGAAUCGGGCCCCGCUGCGGACCCGGGUGUGACGCCCGGCGGCCGCGGAGGAUGGGAGCACCCCGCCAUGUCUCUGGGCCGCCUCCUCCGCCUUCGCCGCGCGUCAUCCAAGACCUCGGAGUUCCUGACUGGCACGGCGGGUGGCGGGUCCCCCUUGAGCCUGGACGGGGAGAUCGUGUACUCCAAGAACAAUGUGUGUGUGCACCCGCCCGAGGGCCUGCAUGGGCUGGGUGAGCACCACCCAGGGUACCUGUGCCUCUACGCGGAGAAGGACGAGCUGCUCGGGGCCACCCUCAUCCUCGCCUGGGUCCCGAACGCCCGCAUCCAGCGCCAGGACGAGGAGGCUUUGCGCUAUGUCACUCCCGAGGGCUCCCCCGUGCACAGGGGCCCCCGCCCGCGGGCCCGGCGCGCCCAGAGCUCAGGGCUGCCCCCUCCGGCCCCCCGCGACGACGACAUCCUGGCGGUGGCGCAGAGCCUGCAGGAAACGCUGGCCAUCGCCCCCGCGGAGGCGGCCGAGGACGAGGCCUCACUGGACCUGUCGGCCGGCCUGAGCAGGACCAGCUCCUUCGACUCGGACUCGGCCUUCUCGUCCCCACCCUGCCUGUCCCCGGUCAGUGCCGCGCUGGCCGAUGGCCCCGUGUUCCCCGAGGGCGACAGCGGUGCUGACGCUGACCCGCGGACCCAGCGCUGGGACGAGCCUCAGCGGGCGUGCGCCCUGGAGCAGAUCUGUGGUGUGUUCCGCGUGGACCUGGGCCAGAUGCGCUCCCUGCGGCUCUUCUUCAGUGACGAGGCGUGCACCAGCGGGCAGCUGGUGGUGGCCAGCCGGGAGAGCCAGUACAAGGUGCUGCAUUUCCACCACGGUGGCCUGGGCAAGCUUUCCGACGUGUUCCAGCAGUGGAAGUACUGCACAGAGACGCACCUGCAGGACCAGGUCUCCGAGCAGCGGCUGCGCAUGCAGUUCUCCAUCCGACGCCCCAAGCUGCCGUCGGCCGAGACGCACCCCGAGGAGAGCCUGUACCGGCGGCUGGACGUGGCGGCCUGGCUCGGGCACCUGAACGCGCUGGGCCAGGUGCAGGAGGAGCACCGGCUGCGGAAGGCCAUUUUCUUCGGCGGCAUUGAGGUGUCAAUCCGGGGGGAGGUGUGGCCCUUCCUGCUGGGCUAUUACAGCCCCGAGUCCACGUCGGAGGAAAGGGAGGCGCUGCGGCGGCAGAAGCAGCGGGAGUACGAGGAAAUCCAGCAGAAAAGGCUGUCCAUGAGCCCUGAGGAGCACAGCGCCUUCUGGAGAAAUGUGCAGGUGACCGUGGACAAGGACGUGGUCCGCACUGACCGCACCAACCAAUUUUUCCGCGGGGACGGCAACCCCAACGUGGAGAUCAUGAGGAGAAUCCUGCUCAACUAUGCUGUGUUCAGCCCGGCCAUCGGCUACUCUCAGGGCAUGUCCGACCUGGUGGCCCCUCUCCUGGCCGAGGUCCUGGAUGAGGCGGACACCUUCUGGUGCUUCGUGGGCUUGAUGCAGAACACCAUCUUCGUCAGCUCGCCCCGCGACGAGGACAUGGAGACGCAGCUGCUGUACCUGCGGGAGCUCCUGCGCCUGGCGCUGCCGCGCUUCCACCAGCACCUGGAGUCCCUGGGCGAGGAUGGGCUGCAGCUGCUCUUCUGCCACCGCUGGCUGCUGCUCUGCUUCAAGCGCGAGUUCCCCGAGCCCGAGGCCCUUCGCAUCUGGGAGGCCUGCUGGGCCCACUACCAGACGGAUUACUUCCACCUCUUCAUCUGCGUGGCCAUCGUGGCCAUCUACGGGGACGACGUCGUUGAGCAACAGCUGCCCACCGACCAGAUGCUCCUGCACUUUGGAAACCUGGCCAUGCACAUGAACGGGGAGCUCGUUCUCAGGAAGGCCCGCAGCCUGCUGUACCAGUUCCGUCUGCUGGCCCGCAUCCCCUGCAGCCUGUGUGAGCUGUGCCGCCUGUGUGGCCCUGGCAUGUGGGACAGUGGCUACAUCCCAGCCGUGGAGUGCACUGGCCACCACCCGGCGCCCGAGAGCUGUCCGUACGGGGGCACCGUGGACACGCCUUCGCCCAGGCCCCCCCGGGACGCCAGGAAGGACUCAAAGCUGCCCCGAGAAGGGUUCGGGUUCCGAAGAUAGGCUGGGGCCCGCCCGAAGGCCUGGGCUGGGG